AUGGCGGAGUACGACGGAGGCGCGGUCGUGGUGAGUGACACACAGCAGCACCAGCAUGAUGUGGAGAUCAAGGGCUUGAAGGUGGCGGAGGAGGCGGAGUCUAUGUCGCCGACGCCAGUGGUGGGCGCUGCCGCGGCAGCGCCCGAGACGCCGGCGGCUAGCUCGCCAGCUCAGCCGGAGGCUGUGGAUGCUGCCGGGGGCGGUGGUGAGCCGGAGGCGGAGGUGAACAAGACAGAGCCGGAAAGAGUUCCGGCUCCGGCUCCGCCGCCGGAGCCGGACAUGGACAACUUGCCGCGCGAUCCGCUGCCCAAACACCAGCAGAAACACGCAGUGAUGACGAUCAAGGCGGUGAAACGGUUGAAAGACGCGCGGCCGUUUCUGCAGCCGGUGAACCCUGUGGCGCUGAACAUUCCUUUUUACUUCAACCACAUCAAGCGGCCGAUGGAUCUGUCGACGAUAGAGCGCAAGUUGAAUGUCAACGCGUACGAAACGCCCGAGCAGGUGGCGGCAGACUUCAACCUGAUGGUCGAGAACUGUGUCUCGUUCAACGGGGCGAACGCGAUGAUAUCGCAGAUGGCGCGCAACAUACAGGCGGCUUUUGAAAAACACAUGCUCAACAUGCCGGCAAAGGACGCGCCACCGGUGAAACAGACGCGCAAGAAGAGACCGAUCGACGAGGAGCCGCCCGUGGUGAUUAGACGCGCGCAGACCCACAAUGGCAGACCCAAGAGGGAGAUCCAUCCGCCGAAAUCCAAGGAUAUCUAUCCCUACGAGACGAGAAAGCCCAAGUCGAAGAAACUGCAGCAGGCAAUGAAGUUCUGUGCGGGUGUGAUCAAGGAGCUGACCAGCAAGAAGUACGCGUCGUUCAACUAUCCGUUCUUGGAACCCGUGGACCCCGUGGCGAUGAAUUUACCCACGUAUUUCGACUACGUGAAGGAACCGAUGGAUCUCGGCACAGUGGCCAAGAAGUUGGAUAACUGGAAGUAUCAGACGCUGGAAGAGUUCGAAAGGGACGUAAGGCUCGUUUUCGAGAACUGCUACAAAUUUAACCCGGACGGUACCAUUGUCAACAUGAUGGGUCAUCGUUUGGAAGAUAUCUUCAAUACGAAGUGGGCAGAGAGACCCAUCAUAGAUGAUUACGAAUCUGAAGCGGACUCUAAUGAAUACGGUUACGGUUACGAUUACGACUCCGACAUUUAUGAUUCCAAUGACUCGGACUCGAUCAUCGAUGAGAGUUCAAUCACAAAUCCUGCUAUUCAGUACUUGGAAGAACAGCUGGAGAGAAUGAAACAUGAGCUACAGCAAUUAAAGAAGCAGGAACUCGAUAAGAUUAGAAAAGAGAGGCGACUGGCCCGUGGGUCAAGAAAACAGCGCACAAAGAGAUCCAGGAGAGGCAGACUAUCACCGGGCGAAAAUGGUCAAUCUCUCAAUGGCUUCAAGAACAAAAAGAAGUUCAAGACAGUGGUCACAUACGAUAUGAAGAAAAUCAUCACCGAGCGGAUCAACGAUCUGCCAACUUCCAAGUUAGAAAAGGUCAUUGCUAUCAUCAAGAAAUCGAUGCCUCAUUUGGCCGAAGAUGACGAAGUGGAACUGGAUCUCGAUACGCUGGACAAUAACACCGUCUUGACACUUUACAACACAUUCUUCAGAGAAUACGACACGUCGCCGAAUGACGCAAAUGGGGUAAACGGCAAUAUCGCUAACGGUCUGGAGCAUUCGUUGUCGCCACCAACCAAUGGCCACGCAAGGAAGAGAAGAUCUAAAGCGCUAAGUCAGGAGGAGCAGACGAGACAGAUCGAAAAGAUCAAGAAUAAACUGGCCAUUUUAGAUGGAGCCUCUCCUCUAAGUCAAAACGGUUCACCAAUAAAUUCGGCCUAUCAGGUAAAUCAUGUAAAUGGGUUCUCUUCGUCCGAUGAUGACGAGGCAAGCAGCGAAAGCGAGGAGGAAUGA